GGUUCGUAGUUGGCUUUCGUGAACGCCCCGGCGAGCUUUCAGUGUCAGCGCUUCAUUCCCGUUGUUCUGUUCGGCCGCAUUAAUACCGACAACAUUAGUUUGGCUUUUUGCGCUCGUUAGUUACUGUUUAUUUUUUUUUUUUGUGAAAUUUUGAAUUAAUUUGUGCUUAAAAUUUUUUUUUUAAUAAAUUAAGAUUGUCUUUUCUUUUUUUUUAUUGAAAAGAAAUUUAAAAUGUAAGUGAUUUCAGCAAAGUAUUGACAAUAGUGAUUUGGUUAAUGAUUAAUUUUUACUUUUUAUAAUUUUUUUUUUUAUAAGAAAGACGUAAUAAAUAAAUUUGUAAAUUUGUGGUGUGGAAAAAAUUUUAUCUGAGAUAAAAUUUUCCGCGCGAAUAUGUCGGAAGAAUAUUUAUUGAUGGAUUAAUUAAUAAGUUAAAACCUCGGAUGGACCAAAGUGAUGUAAAAAUGAAGAAACUAUUGAGGGUGAUUUUACGAGAUGAGUGGUAAUAGAAAUAAUCUCACAGAGUUAAUAGAUGUCGUCGGCUUAGUAAAUAAUAAUAAAAGUGAAUUAAAAUCGAAAUCGGGGAAGUGUAAUAAAGCUUAUGCGAAUGUUACCCCGAAAUUUGAAUGUGGAAAGCGCGUAAAAUUUAUUUUAAUAAAAAAAAAAAGUGGUCAAUUACUGUGCGCGGGUUCAAGCGGUCCAAGUUUGGUCCGCCACCUACACCUCCCUGGCGGUAUGGUCCUUUGGGCCACUAUGCUUGUUCUCUACGGCGUAGGAUUUGUUGGUUCUAUGACAGGCGUGCCAGGCGUCCCGGAAAACGUAACAGUCAUGUUCCUCAGUCCGACAUCCGUCCGUGUAUCCUGGAGUACAAGCCAAGUAGAUCAGGUGGAAAAAUACGACGUGACAUACAAACCGACAGAUGCAAGGAAUUUCACAAAUGACAGGAAUGAAACCAUCGAUGCUUACAAGCCCGAUAGGCUCAAUUCGUGCAAUGAAACGUACAAUGAAACGUUCAUCUUAAGUUACAACGAACCGUACAACGAGACGUACGAUGAUGAUGAUGAUGAAAAUGAAAAAAGUUACAGGAUGGUGCGGUUGGUCGCAGGAAACAGCGAUGCAGUUACUCUGAACGACCUUCAAGCUGACACGCAAUACCAGUUGGUGAUUACUGCGGUGAGGGCCGGAAAAAAGUACAGAAGUCGGCCUAUUGUCUUCCGCACCCUGGAGCCACCACGUACGUCUCCUCAGCAGGAUGCUAGUGUUACUGGAGGACCUCCAAUUCCUCCGCCACCUUCGUCGUCAAAUCCGCAUCCAGCGCCUAUACAAGUACGUGCCGUCGAAAUAGGAAUAGUGAUGAUGGUACUACUAGUCUGGGCGGGUGCAAUAGCACUUUUUUUCAACCGAUGGGGCAAAAUACGCAUGCUGCUUCCUUAUCAGCCCGAUUACAAGGAACAGCUAAAAGUUCCGGGCACGGGGGCGAUUUGCAACCCCACAACAACUCCUUGCACCCAACACUCUUCACAACACGCCUGCUCUCAGCAUCUGCAUUGGUCGAACCAUCACGUGGAUUCCCUGGACAGUGCCGGUGGGGGUGGAGGCGCCGCAGGAGGAAGUUCCAGCCAGGGUUGGCCCAGAUCCUCGAGACCUCGAGUUAACAGUGCAAUCGACGUCGCUGGAUUUUUAUCCCAGGAAUUUCUACGUCGCCAUGGUUCAACUUCGCGACUAUGUCGCAAAGUACGCAGUGCAGAUAACCUUCCCCUGGUAACCGAAUCUUCAAAUCAUCAAGACAACGACAACAACGAUAACGAGGAUGAAAACGAGGAGGAGGAAGACCAUUGCAACAGAAACUCAAUACCUUCCCAGGAGGACGGGAACGAGACGGAUCGGGAGUUCUUGCCAUUAACAAUGACAAUUACGACGAACACGGAAACGAAUCGAGACGAGCCAGACGACAAGACUGAUGAUUUUGAAUCAAAACACGUAGUUAAUUAUUCAGAAGGUUUAUUGAAGGACAAUAAUGCGCCGGAUAUUUCUAUCAAUCAAUCAUCCCAGCAGCAAUAUCCCUCUAGGGAAUACAUUUCAUCGAGCACGAUAACCACCACAAGUAUACCAUCCCCAUCUCUAAUAGUAAGACGCUUUAGCGGUUGGCGAAUCAGCGGAAGUCAUGAGUACGUUAGAUGCCCUAUCAGACAGCCCUCUUCCAUCGACGACAGAUACUUCAGAAGAUCAUGUGAGCCAGAUUUUCCUCGGCCGUCUCCACUGUACCACCACCAUCACCACCACCACCACCACUUACCCUACAAGCCGUCAACCAGUAACGGGAACCCCGUCGUUUAUCACCGGUCCUCAGAUAGUGAUCAGUCAAGACAAACCUCCGUUUCGAGCGUUGAAAUCCAGCACUUUGGUCUACCUAUCCUCAGUGUAAGCGAGCCCAGUCCUCCAGAUGAAAAGAACAACCGUCUGGAUGACUAUUUGUAGGAUUUGCUUGACGAGGACCUCUCUCUUAAAGAGCUCCUCGUGUAAUUUUUUAUACUGCUGAUACCUUAAUGUUCAAUUUUUCCUCUUAUUUAUUUAAUUAUUACAAUCUUACGCAGUAAAAAAAUAUUUUAAUAAAAAAAUUGAUUAAUUAAAAUUUUUAUAUGAAAUAACUAAUUAAAAUGAGUCACUAGAUGAAUUUUAAAAGAGUUACUGGGGGUGUAAACACGAUAACUUUUGAAAAACACCAUUAUUUACCCGGAUUUUUGUUUCUAUCUCUUCGUAUGAUCACUACGGAGAGAUCUAUUGAAAAUCUUGCCUCAAUAUUGUUUCGAUUAAUUAUAAUUCAUAUAUUUCGGACUUUAAUUAGACCGAAUUUUCUACCCGUCGAUCAGCCUUACAGUUUAAAUUUAUUUGAGGAGUAAAUACAGCCGAGCUUAUUACACUUGUACUAUUUUACUCUCGACUAUUGUUCGAAAUCACCAGAAGGUGGCGCGGUAGUAUACUUCUACCAGGAUGUAGAGUUUCUCUGAAGAAAAGGCAGGCUAUUAAAAAAACAAACUUUUUAAAAUACUUAUUUUAAAAAUACUAUUUAUUGUGUACUUUAACACUUAUUA